CGUCCUUGUAAGCCGUUCUUUUCUGUUUCACUGUUGAUGUAUCAACAUUUAUUCCACAAAUGCCCACUUUAUUUAAAUCUUGGUUAUUUAAAAUUUUUCUGCUAUUAUAAAUAAUGCUGUCAUGAAGAUUCUUACACAUGUAUCUUUGGGCCUUUGUCUGAUUAUUUCCUUAAGAAAUUUUCUAGAAGUGAAAUUGCGGAGUUGAAAGGUAUAAAUUUGUAUUAUUUUUUACUUUUAAAGUGUUUAUAUAUUUUGAGAGAGUGUGUGUGUGUGUAAGCAGGGGAGGAGCAGAGAGAGGGAGAGAGAGAAUCCCAAGCAGGCUCCGUGCCCAGCACAGAACCUGAUGACAUGACGCUCAGGAACUGAGAUCAUGAUCUCGGCUGAGAUCAAAAGUCAGACACUUAACCGACUGAGCCACCCAGGCACGCCUUAAUUUGUAUUUUUAUCUAUCAGCAUUUAUUUAUUUAUUGCUGCAUAUUGCCAGAUUUCUCUCCAGAAAGAGUUAAUCAAUUCAUUCUUAUCACGAAUAGAGCUCAGAGCAGGGAAUACCUAGUCCAAACUAAAUUUCAGGAGAGACUUCUCAGAGGAAUUGACACUGGGGCUGAGUCAAAAUGAGACUGAGUCAGGUGAGCAAAAGAGCAGAUAAAUAAUCUAUAGGGAGGCAGGCCUGGCUGGGUUUAGGGCUGGCUCCACCCCCCACCCCCCACUUGUUUGUACUUGCCCUCUCCAAUGCUAGAUAUCUUUGACCUGUUUAAUCUUUGCUGAAUAGAAUUACUCUUUGCCAUUUUUUUUAACUUGUAUUUAUUUACUGUUGGAACAGUUUCAAAAUCCAUUUCCUGGUCUAGAGGACACAGGAACAAUGGCUGCCAGGAGUGUUCCUUCAGAGAUCAUAGAAAAAGAACGAAAAAAGUUACUUGAAAUCCUCCAACACGAUCCUGAUUCUGUCUUAGAUUCGUUAACCUCUCGGGGGCUGAUUUCUGAGGAAGAGUAUGAGACUCUGGAGAAUGUUACAGAUCCCCUGAAGAAAAGUCGAAAGCUGUUAAUUUUGGUACAGAAAAGGGGAGAGGUGAGCUGUCAGCAUUUUCUCAAGUGUUUACUUAGUACUUUUCCAGAGUCAGCUACUGUUGGUGGCUUACAAAAUGAAUUUUUAAAACAUGAGAAUAUAGAACCUCUUCAAGCUAUCGGGAUAAGCAAGAAUUCAGAAGAUGUUUUUUCCUCCGGAGAGAAACAGCCCGAGAAUCCUGAAAUCACAGUGUCCUUCAAAGAGAAAGAACACCUGGAUAUGGGAAUUUCUGAGUGCUUCAGGGACACGAAAACUACUUAUAAGGAAGCUGCUUGGUCCUCAAGGGAAAAUGAGAAGGAAUACAACACACCAAAAGGCAUAUUGCCACAUUUAGUUGAGAACGUUAAAUACGAAAUUCCAGCAACCAUUGAGUAUUUACAGGAUGGACAGAGAUACGAGGAGCCAGAUGAUUCUUUGUACUUAGGAAAAGAGGAAUAUUUUGAAUCUGUUGGACACUCUGAAGAUGGAGAAACCUCUGUGGAAGAAGAGGAUUAUAAUGACUCAGAGCACGGUAUUUAUAAUGGCGAAGAGGGCGCUGCAUAUUCGGAGACCACACAGUUCUCUGAUGAAGAACAGAGUUAUGAGGAUUCCGAAACUGGCAUGUCAUUCGCAGUGGAGGAGGAGAAAAGGAUGGAAGAAAGAAAAAAGGUAUUUAAAGAUGUCCUGUCAUGUUUGAACAUGGAUAGGAGCAGAAAGCUUCUGCCAGAUGUCGUUAAACAAUUCUCCUUAGAUCGAGGAUGUAUGUGGACACCUGAGACUCCAGGAGACUUAGCCUGGAAUUUCCUGAUGAAAGUUCAAGCGCUGGAUGUCACAGCCAGAGAUACAAUCCUCAGACACAAGGUUCUGGGUGAGGGUAACAAAGAGGAACUGCUGACUGGAGUAGAGAAUUUGGAAAUUAGAGACAUACAAACCAUUAAUCCCUUUGAUGUUCUUUGUGCAUCUAUGCUCUGUUCAGACAGCUCGUUGCAACGCGAGGUCAUGUCAAACAUGUAUCAGUGCCGGUUUGCUCUUCCCCUGCUCCUGCCAGAUGCAGAAAACAACAAAAGCAUCUUAAUGCUGGGGGCCAUGAAGGGCAUUGUGAAGAAGUGGUCAGCACAAUCUUCAGGAGGGCCUACAGGGGAUACAGAAAAGUGCCUGACUCUCAUGAAGAUGCCUGUCAUCUCUUUUGUGCGCCUAGGAUACUGUAGCUUCUCCAAGUCCAGAAUCCUCAACACACUGCUUGUCUCUGACCAACUAAAAUCACACAAAAUCUUUCUCCAUCAGGAUUUUACUGGCCCGGUGUUUCCCCGGCAGAUCUCUGACGGCCUGGUAGAGAUAAUGUGGCAUUUUCCUGAUAGCGAUGGUCUAAUGGAAAAUCCUAGUGUUUUCCAAAAGCCUGUUGCUCUGGCCAACCUUCGUGGAGAUCUAGAAAGUUUUUGGACACAGUUUGGUUUCUUGAUGGAAGUUUCCUCAGCUGUGUUUUUUUUCACUGACUACCUAGGUGAGAAGGAGUGGGACUUGCUAAUGUUUUUAGGAGAAGCUGCCGCCAAGAGAUUCUACUUUGUCCUCAGUCCCCAGGCCCAGGAGAGUGAAGAGACACAGCUUUUCCAGACGACUCUGAAGUUGAAGCCAUCACAGCUACUGUUUUGGAAGGGGGAGGCACCUGGGGAGAGAGGGAAGAAUAUUGAGGGUCUUCAAGCUGCUCUCCAGGAAGUGAUGUCCUCUUCGCUCAGAUGUGUGUCUGUGGAGGACAUGGGCUCCCUGGCCAGGGAGUUGGGAAUCCAGGUAGACCAAGACUUUGAGAACGUUCAGGGGAUUCAAACUCCCCCUAGUGAAAAUUUGUCUGGAACAGCUAAAGAUGAGAGACAACAAAGACCCAGUCAGUCAGAAAGCUCAUGUGAAAAUCCAGCUGUGAUGUCUGGAGAAUCUGGGGCUAGCCAGAAUCUCCAGAAUUUCUACCUCCUCCCAGGAUUCGUGCCUCAUCUGGAAAACUGUCCUUUACCAACCAGAAUUGGAGGGAACUUUAACCAUGUUUCUUUGAAAGCCCCCUGGGUUACAGGCUCCCACUUUUGGUCAGAGCAGAGGUCUAAGUGGUUCCGUCCCUGGCCCUUUCAGAAAACAAGGGCCUAUGGUCGAGGUAAAAGUUUUGGGUUUCGGUACUUCCAGCCCCAGAGAUUUUAUUCACCUGAAAGAUUCACGAAAUUUUCAAGAACUGCUUUGGGACAUCCUAUGACUAAAACAAUUGGAGGACUACCAAGACCUGUGUCUCAGCAUGUACACGCCUGGUCCAGGAGACCACAGACAACAGGAGCUCUUGAAAGGUCUGGGGUAGUGGUCUCCCAGGUAGGUCACUCCCACUCCCUGGGUCUGCAGCCAGCAGAAGCAGCUGGGAAGUCACAGCCUAAGCAAGGCUACACCCAUAGAACACAGCCACCAAGGGCACCUGGGAAACCUAUGAAAACAACAUCCCAUAUUGAAGGUUUUUACCCUCAGGCCUUUCAACCAGCAGGAGCCACAAAAAAACCUUUAAGGCCUGCCUCUCAUCAAGGAGCCAAACUGAAGACACAGGAUGGGUCUUUAAAUCCAGCCUUCCAAAGGUCCAAUAGCAAAUGCUUACCCAGCUCUCAGUUCAAACUGAGUCAGCCCAAGCCAUCCCAGGUCAAACACUCUCAACCUGUGCCCUCUCAACCCAAACCCACUCAAACAAAACCCACUGAGUGCCACCCCUCCCACGCUAAACCUUCUCCACCCAAACCCACUCAGCCCAAACCAUGCCCAUCCCAGUCCUCCCAGUGUAAGCCUUCUCAGCCCAGGGCCACUCAACCCAAGUCAUCUAAGAAUAGUCCUGCACAGGCUAAGGCAUACCAUGCAAGAGCAGGGCCCAAGAAGGCUGGGAAACAUUAAAGUGCUUACUCUAGAGACCUACGAAACGUAUCCUUAACCCAGACCAUUGCUCUCAUGUGGUAACCUGAAGAAGAGUGGUGGUCAUGGUAAGAGACCACUAUUACUAGCAUGACACAGAAAAAGAAAAGAUAUACACAACCUAAACGGUAUCAUUAAAACAUUUGUAAGAAUGAUUUUUUCCAACAGGAAAGAUAUGAAACAAUUAAGAGUAGAAUCGAGGAGUAAAUAAAUGAACUAAAUCCAACCUCGAGUAUUAGGUGAUAUAUAACCUGAAUCCGAGGAAUGGGGCUGUUGAGACCACCCCAUAAAAUAAGGCUCAGGCUGCCUGAUUGUUGCAACAAAAAUUGCUCUAAAUGUUGGCUGCUCCAGAGGUGUCUUGGUCAAAAGUUUGUGGUCAAUAUCAGCCACUAAGCAGAUAACCUUGUUUGUUUUGGGGAUGUUUAAAUCAACUUACUUGUGAUAAUAGUUCCAAUUUGCUUGGAUAAUAUAACUCUCUCAUUUGACCCUUACAUAUAGAAAUAAUGAACUAACAACCAAUGAUAUAAAUUAUUUUGCAUUAACUUGGGUAUGAUUUGACUAUGUUUUAUACUUAAAAUGUUUGUAAUAGUUAAGAUAAUUUGGCUUAUUAGAGGAUCUUAUACAUUGUCCUCAAGAUUCCAACUUAAAAUGUAUACUUGAGUUUUUAAUUUUAGAGUUGUGACUUUUUAAGUUGAAAAGAUUAAGAUAGGUUUACAAAGCUUGUAAAAAGCAUUGCAAUGUUUAACAGAACUUAAGAUUUACAAAAUUUACAAUUUUAAUUCAUUGGAUUCAUUAUUAUCCUAAACAUACAGGUAAGUUCUGCUAAUUAGAAGGAUAAGUAAAAGGAAUGUAUUAAAUUUAGAAUAUUUAAGCAAAGUUUAAUUGUAAAUGACAUCAAAUAUUAUUAAAAGGUCACUUUAAAGAUUCAUGUUAAAAUUCACUAGAUGUAGAAAUAAAAUAAUAAGAUUUGUAAAUUGGA